UUGUUGCUGUUUUUGUUGUUUGGAGCAUUCUUGAAAUGGUAAAAUGUGAUAACAUUUAAUAUCGGCUAACACUGUGCAUAUGAAGACGAUGUAUGUUCGUUCAGUUUGAAUGAACGGCAAAUUAAUAAUGCAUAUAACCAUUAGUGCCACAAGCUCCGUUUUAAUAUUCAAAACUAAUAACUGAUAAAAGUGAAUCGUUAAUUCACUGAUGAGCUUAACGUCUCAAUGAGUAGUUAUGACGGUACUAUUCGUAUAUUACUGUACGGAAAUAUUGUUUGAAUACAUUUUGGGAAAGUGUCCAUACAUGAGGUUUAAAAAUUCUUGCCGUACUUGAGAAACUUAAAAAAUAAAUAUUAACACUUCAUGUGUUCUGGAAUUGAAAUAUAUAUAAUUUAUUAAUAAAUUAUAUUUCUAUAUAAAAUAUGACUGCAUUUUACAAUAAUAAAGAACUGUUUGUUUUGCUGAAUGCGAUAUGCGCAUUUUCCGCAGCAACAAAUAAUGGUUGUGGCGAGGUACGCAGACGAGCUACUGAGGAUCCGCAGAAUCUGACAUCCCCGAACUUCCCGCUGCCGUACCCGAGGAAUACGACAUGUACUUGGUGGAUAUCAUCAGUGUAUUUCUAUAGUGAUAUCUAUAUUGAGUUCAAACAUCUUGAUAUAGAGGACAGCAAUGACUGUGAUGAUGACAGCCUCACUAUCUAUCAACAUUACAAAGGAGACGAAUUUGUUGUUAAGAUAUGUGGAAAUGAAGCCGCUGACGAGACACUGAAGCUCGGUAGAGAUGUCACCAUUGUUUUCAAAACUAACAACGAUAUCGAACGAACAGGAUUCGUCCUACAGUACUACAUGGUUGAUGACGACAGCAGGGAAAGAGAUGACUAUUAUACAGAACGUUAUAGUGACCAUUGGUUUACAGUAGUGGUCGUCGUGUUCGUGCUAAUUUUAGUGGCAUUAAUAAUCACAAUAGUUUUCGCCUGCUACUUUCAACGUAGACAAGCACGUGCCCAGAAACAGUCUAACAUCGAGGACAUACAAUUCUCAGGAUACGGUUUAGAUGACGAUGAAUACAAAACACAUAUCUAGUUGUGUAAAAACAAUUGUGAUAUUUUAGACUUGCAAUGUUUCGUACCAAUGUUUCUUGUUUUCCGUCCUUCUUCAAUAACGGGUUAGAAUUUAGUCUAUGAAUACACUUGACUUUUUCGAUAACUGUUGAGUUACUUACACACGAUGUGUUGUAUGUGAACAAACCUCUAUGAUAGGAUAAUGAAUUCAAGCACCUUCGCUAAUUAUUAAAGUCAUGAUCCGGAAAACAAAGAGCAUGGCUGUUUAAGUUUAGUCCCCUGUCUUGCUCAACAGUGAAGGACAUAACUACAUUUAUGCGAGUCCGCGUAAUUCUACGACACUACUGGUACAUGAUUGUUACAAAUCCAAUAUCUUAAAGGUGUAUAUAAUGUGCCUGGC